AGGCACUGCAGCGGACAGCCACAAACCAGGUCCCCGGCCGUGUAAAUCCCUCCGCUUCCUGUGUCUCGGCCUCAUUAGCUCGGUGAGGCGGCAGCGGCGGGGUGGUGACUCCUCUCUCUCACACGAAACCUCACUCUGUGCCCAGCAGUCAGGCCCCGUGACUAACACACCGCGGUGAUCCUGGAAGAUGCCCUCAGCCACCAGCACCAAGGCUGUUCCGGGCCCCAGCGAUGCAGCGCCUGGUACCGGAAACAUCCAGAGUGAGGCCAUGAAACAGAUCCUGGUAGUCAUCGAUAAGAAGAUCCGCAACCUGGAAAAGAAAAAGGGCAAACUGGAUGAUUACCAGGACCGAAUGAACAAGGGAGAGAGGCUGAAUCAGGACCAAUUGGAUGCCGUGUCAAAAUACCAGGAAGUUGUAACAAACAUGGAGUUCGCUCGGGAGCUGCAGAGAAGUUUCAUGGCGCUGGGUCAGGAUAUUCAGAAGUCAAUAAAGAAGGCAGCGCGUCGUGAGCAACUCGUGCGUGAAGAAGCAGAACAAAGGCGCUUGAAAACCGUUCUUGAGUUGCAGUUUGUCCUCGACAAACUGGGUGACGAGGAGGUCAGGAACGACCUGAAGCAGGGGGUGAAUGGCAUACCGGUGAUGUCCGACGAGGAGCUGGCCGUCCUGGAUGAGUUUUACAAGCUGGUGGAACCUGAUCGUGACCCAUCCGUCAGACUGUCUGAACAGUAUGAACAGGCCUCCAUUCACCUCUGGGAUGUGCUGGAAGGGAAAGACAAGCCUGUCUGCGGAACCACAUACAAAGCACUUCGGGAAACCCUGGAACGUGUCCUUCAGAGCAGCUAUUUUGACAGCACCCAGAACCACCAGAACGGUCUGUGUGAGGAGGAAGAACCACCCACAGCGCCACCUGUGGAAGAACCCACACCCGAGCUUGAAACCGAAGCAGUGGAAGAAUACACUGAGCCUAGCGAAGUGGAGUCUACAGAGUUUGUGAACAGGCAGUUCAUGGCCGAGACCCAGUUCAGCAGUAGCAGUGAGAAGGAGCAAGUAGACGAGUGGACAGUAGAAACUGUUGAGGUUGUAAACUCACUCCAGCAGCAACAAGCAGCAUCCCCGCCUGUUCCUGAACCCCAUACACUAAACCCAAUCACUCAAGUCCCUCCUGAUCCCAUUGUGCAGCGGCAGAGAGUUCAGGAUCUGAUCGCCCAAAUGCAGGGUCCGUACAACUUCAUGCAGGACUCUAUGUUGGAGUUUGACAGCCAAGCGAUUGACCCAGCCAUUGUAUCUGCUCAGCCCAUGAACCCAGCUCAAAGUAUGGAGCUCCCCCAGAUGGUGUGCCAGCCUGUCCAUUCUGAGCCAAGGCUAUCCCAACCCAGCCAAGUUGCGGAUUCAUCACAAGUUGCACUGGUAUCUUCAACAACUGAAGGCUAUAGCAGCUCUCCACAGAUCUAUCAGCCUUCUCAUCCCAAUGAGCAGAGACCCCAGAAGGAAUCCAUGGAGCAGAUCCAGACCUCCUCGUCCCUUCCCGUUGCUUCCCAGCCCCAAGUGUUCCAGACCGGGUCCAAGCCUCUUCCCAGCAGCGGGAUCAAUGUUAAUGCUGCUCCAUUCCAGUCCAUGCAAACUGUUUUCAAUAUGAACGCACCCGUUCCUCCUGUGAAUGAGCCAGACACGCUGAAGCAACAGCCCCAAUACCAGGCCAGUUAUAGCCCAACGUUCCCUGGCCAGCAGCACCAAGUGGAACAAUCAGAUCUUCAACAAGAGCAGCUUCAAACAGUGGUAAACACUUACCAUGCCGCCUCAGAGCAGCCCCACCAAGCCGCCAGCCACCAGCAGCCUACGCAGCAGAACACUGGCUUUCCUCGGAACAACCAACCUUUCUACAACAACCGAGGGAUGACUCGCGGAGGACAGCGUGGCAACCGGGGAUUGAUUAAUGGCUAUAGAGGGCCGUCCAAUGGCUUCAGAGGAGGAUAUGAUUACCGCCCCACCUUCUCUAACACUCCAAAUAGCGGAUACACACAGCCGCAGUUCAAUGCUGCCCGCGACUAUACAAACUACCAAAGGGACGGAUAUCAACAAAAUUUUAAACGUGGUGCCGGGCAGGGAGGUCCUAGGGGAGCCCCUCGAGGUCGUGGAGGACCACCAAGACAGACUAGAGGGGUGUCACAGAUGGGCAGCCAACAAGUCAAUUAGACAUCACUGACACCGGCUGGUGUGUUUUAUUGGACGUUACUCUGUUCUGCCAGCAAAUCUUAUUCCGAGGACUAGUUCUUAAGUUUCCUGUUCUUGUUUUUUGAGUCUACAGUUCUCUGAUAUGCAAAAAAAAAUACAAUUCCUGUAUUGCAUGUUCUUCCUGCUUCAGUAAAGAGCCAGUGGCAACUCUGUGCCUCCUUGGUCUUGAAA